AUGCAUGAAGAAGUUCAAGUAGACAUUGUUCAGGGAAUAUCUGAAAUGCUCGACGAGAAUAAUGUUCUGGUAAAAUCAUUUCGUAUGGCAAAAGAUAGAUAUAGAGAACAAACACAAACAGAGUUUCGCCUACGUCUUCUAUUAGAAAGGAUUAACGACGGUCGGCAAUACAAUAUACCUACGGCUUCAGAAGUAGCUGGAUUGAUCAUUGGCGAUCUUACAUAUGCUAACUUCCAGCGAGAUGUUAUUGUUGAACACCGCAAAAAUGGGCUCCAAAGGAUCACCGAUUUACACCCAAGUUUCAUGUCAAUGACCUACCCAUUAAUACACCCAUACGGUGAAGAUGGAUAUAGACUGGGAAUACAAUUGGUGUCUCAUUCCCAAAAAACUUAUACACGCGAGCACAUGACAAUGAGACAAUAUUAUGGAUACCGCAUACAACAACGGCUUAAUGAGGGGCGCACACUUAUACAGGCUGGCAGGCUACUGCAGCAGUACAUUGUGGAUGGUUACAUGGCAAUUGAAGAGGAGCGAUUUAGAUAUAUACGAAAUAACCAACCAAAGCAUCGGGAUGAUCUUUUUGGGGGCUUAAUGGAUGCUGUUGUAUGUGGAGAUUCUGAUUGUUCACAAGUCGGGAAAACAAUUAUAUUACCUUCGUCAUACACGGGGGGACCUCUCUACAGGGCACAAAAUUAUCAAGAUGCAAUGGCUUUAUGUAGAUGGGCUAGAUACCCGAAUUUAUUUCUUACCUUCACAUGUAACCCAAAGUGGACAGAAAUAAAGGCAAUGUUGCACCUAAUUGGUCAACAUGACGAUGGUAGCCGGGUAGACAUCAUAUGCAGGGUUUUCCAGAUCAAGUUGGCCCAACUAAUGCAACAUAUUAAAAAAGAUACACCAUUCGGGACAGUAAUAGCAUUGGAACAUAUUGACAGAGUAAUAUCCGAUGAAAUACCUGAUCUUGAAGAAGAUCCAGAUGGGUAUAAUGCAGUCAAGAACUUUAUGAUACACGGGCCAUGCGGACAACUAAAUCCCUGCUGCCCAUGUAUGGGACAAGGGAAGUGCACAAAGCAUUUCCCAAAGAAAUACAAUGACCAGACAAAUUUUGAUUCGGAUGGAUUCCCUAUUUAUAGGAGACGCAACACAGGUAUUGAAGUGAAGAAAAAUGGAGCCAGCCUAGACAACAGAUAUGUUGUUCCGUACAAUAGGAACUUGCUUGUGCAAUUUAAUGCACACAUAAAUGUUGAAGUCUGCAACUACUCAAGGUCAGUGAAGUAUCUAUUCAAGUAUGUUCAUAAAGGGCCUGAUAGAGCAACAACAAUAAUAGAAUCAGCAGAUUCAACAAAAGACAACGAUGAGAUCAGAAAGUAUCUAGAUUGCAGAUACAUUUCAGCUUCCGAAGCAUGCUGGAGGAUAUUCCAAUUUGACAUACAUUACAGACAACCAGCAUUUGAGCGAUUACCAUUCCAUUUACAACGACCAAACACCAUAAUAUUCGAAGAAUCAAGGCGAGGUGAAAGCGUAUUGAACGGACCAGAUAUUGAAAAAACAAAAUUUACUGAAUGGUUUGAAGCUGACAAAGAGUACCCCGAUGCAACAGAUCUAACAUAUUCUGAUUUUCCUACGCAGUGGUUAUGGAAUGUAAAACAAAAAAAAUGGACUAGGAGAAAAAAAGGUCGGGCAGUUGGUAGAAUCUAUUUUGCAGAUCCAGCAAGUGGAGAGUGUUUUUAUCUGCGCAUGUUGUUAAAUUUUGUCAAAGGUUGCACUUCAUUUGAUAUCAUAAGAAGAAUUAAUGGAGUAGAUUAUAAAACCUAUCGAGAGGCUUGCUACGCAUUAGGCUUAUUAGAUGACGACAAGGAGUGGAAUGACUGCUUGUCAGAGGCUGCCCAAUGGGCAAGUGGAAAUUAA